CUCUUCUUCUGCCGGAAGUCCGUUCUAGGCCUGGGUCCCCCAACUGCUGCCAGAGCGGGAGCCGCCCAGUAGCCGUGGGACCGGGGCCGCUGGGGUCCGGACAGGGGUCGCCAUGAUCCGCUUCAUCCUCAUCCAGAACCGGGCGGGUAAGACGCGCCUGGCCAAGUGGUACAUGCAGUUUGACGACGAUGAGAAACAGAAGUUGAUCGAGGAGGUGCACGCCGUGGUCACUGUCCGCGAUGCCAAGCACACCAACUUUGUGGAGUUCCGGAACUUUAAGAUCAUUUACCGACGCUAUGCCGGCCUCUACUUCUGCAUCUGCGUGGAUGUCAACGACAACAACCUGGCCUACCUGGAGGCCAUCCACAACUUCGUGGAGGUCUUAAAUGAGUAUUUCCACAACGUCUGUGAACUGGACCUGGUCUUCAACUUCUACAAGGUUUACACAGUGGUGGAUGAGAUGUUCCUGGCAGGCGAGAUCCGUGAGACCAGCCAGACGAAGGUGCUGAAGCAGCUGCUGAUGCUGCAGUCCCUGGAGUGAGGCGCUGCCCCCGCCCCCCGGCCCUGCUCGCUCCCCAUCCCAGGCUGGGCCCACCCCAGCAACCCCUCCCUCAGCUGCCUGGGAGGAAGGGACCCAGCUGGGUCUGGGCCACAAGGGAGGAGACUGCACCCCCUGCCUCUGGGUCCCAGCCGUGGGCAGAGGCCACCCCGUGUGUGACGAGUAACCGUGCCAUUGUCGUGUGAUGCUGUGUGUGUGUGUGUGCAGAGCCCCCAAUAAACCUGUGGUCCUGCCUGG